AUGAUUAUAUAUUGGACAAUCUUUUUGUAUUAUGCCAAUUUGGGUUGUGCACUUAACAAGGAUGUAAUCCAACCAGACCCUGUGAUAGUUACACAACUGGGACAAAGUGUAUCACUCAAUUGCUUUUGUCGAUCUCAAUUGAUCAGAGUCUCUUGGUUCAAGCAAACUGUUGGACAGAAGCCUCUUCUCAUGGCAUCAUCAUAUUAUGGCAGUGAAAAUAGUUUCUAUUUCAACAACUUUACCGAGGACUUUACUGAGACUAAACGUUUGAGUGUGAACAGAGGAGUUGACAGCUGUAACCUGACCAUCUCCAAGACAGUGUCGGGGGACUCAUCUACAUACUACUGUGUUAGUUUGUCAGCGAGGGAAGCCAAAUUUGGAGAAGGAACUGUUUUAAUUGUCAAAGAUUCAGGUUCCAACAGCAUGUCUGUGCUCCAGCAGCCUGUGUCUGAGUCAGUUCAGCCAGGAGACUCUGUGACUCUGAACUGUACAAUACACACUGAGACCUGUGCAGGAGAACACAGUGUCUUUUGGUUCAGACAUGGCUCAGGAAAAUCCCAUCCAGGAAUAAUUUAUACCCAUGGAGACAGUAAUGGUCAGUGUGAGAAGAGCCCUGAGGCUGAGUCUCCUACACAGAGCUGUGUCUACAGCCUCCCCAAGAAGAACCUCAGCCUCUCUGAUGCUGGGACUUACUACUGUGCUAUGGCCUCAUGUGGGGAGAUACUAUUUGGGAAUGGGACCAAACUGGAAAUGGACUAUGGUUGUAAGGAGUACCCUGUUCUCUUGGUGUACUGCCUGGGUGUAGCGUUGGCUCUUUGUGGCAUCAUCAUCAUUGUCCUUGGUUGUGUUACUUACAAAAUGACCAAGAAAAUCUCUCUGCUGUCCAGAGGAACGCACCCUCAGCCAAGUGGCCCGGCAGUCCACAGUUCUUAUAACCAGGAUCAAAAAGACAACGACACACUCACGUCGGUCCAUUACGCUGCUCUGAAUGUCAUCCACAAGAAGCCAAAGACCCGGAGACAGAAGAGAGCCAUGGAGAGAGACACUGUGUACUCUGGGGUGAGGUGCCAAAACACGGACUGAAAAGA